CUUAACUACUUCCUAUUGACCUUGCCCAUCAAAAAUCCUCCAUGUGCACCGUUUUCCUCUCAAGUGUAACUACACAUUUAUUUCAUGACGUCGCUGGACUAUUACACCUUUUGUUACGGUAACUUCUAACUGGGUUGUUUUUUAUUCUGUUUAUAUAACGUUAUUCGCCAAAACCAGCUAACUGCUAGUUAAGCCUUUGACUGCUGCUACGACUGGUUCGGUUUGUGCUAGUGAGGUGUUUAAUGUCGUGGUGUUUCAGGUCUGUGCGGGGACUUUUUUAGUUGUUAGUUUGUAAUUUCACAUGGACUGGAGACGAGCCCUCUAGAAAAAGAGGUGUCAUGAGUGCACACAGAUGGACACGUUUGUGUGUGCUAAGCUUUCCUUCAAACAACGUUACAGCCUGUUCAACCACUUUGGCACCAUUUGCUCGAAAACGAGUUUCAAAAAUUCGACCGUUGAUAUGCAGCGGUGGCGACCUGGCACGAAGAUACUGCUACAAAGGCUAUAAAGGAGAGGACCUGCUGAGAAAUGAGGCAGUCCAAAGACACCUGCAGCGGCUGCUGGGCGAAUACAGAUCUGUUUCGAGUAGUUUACAGAGUGAAGCUGUGAGCGACUCUCAAAGAAGGAUUUUAAACCGAAGACUGGUCGAGCUGUCGUCUGUGGCAGACACAUUUCAGAGCUGUGAGAGUGCACUUAAGGAGCUGGCAGAGGUGGAGGCUCAUCUGCAGAGUACCACAAAUGGAGAAACUGAAGACAGACAGAUGGUGGAGCUCUUAAGAGACGAACAACAUGAAAUUGAGAAAAGAAUAAAGAAGUUAAAUAGAAAAUUGAUACAGACACUGGUGCCAAGUGAUGCGCAAGAUGACAGUAGUGUAAUUCUAGAGGUUGCAGCAGGGAGAACUACUGGAGGGGACAUAUGUCAGCAGUUCACGCGGGAGAUAUUUGAUAUGUACCAGAGCUUUGCCAGCUAUAAAGAUUGGGACUUUGAGGUGUUCAGUUAUGCUUCAUCUGAUUAUGGAGGUCUUCACCAUGCAGCAGUGAGGAUUAUAGGAGAGAAUGUGUAUCGCUGGUUGAAGUUUGAGGGUGGAACGCACAGGGUCCAAAGGAUCCCUGAGGUGGGACUGUCAUCCCGCAUGCAGCGUAUCCAUACUGGAACCAUGACUGUUAUAGUUCUGCCCGAUCCUAGUGAUGUGGACAUAGCCAUCGAUCCUAAAGACCUGCGAAUAGACACAUUUAGAUCAAGAGGAGCUGGUGGACAAAGUGUCAACACUACAGACAGUGCUGUCAGAAUAGUUCACCUCCCCACAGGCACUAUAGCAGAAUGCCAACAGUCCCGCUCUCAGCUACAGAAUCGUGACACAGCAAUGCGUAUCCUCAAAGCACGGCUGUACCAAAACAACUUGGGCCGGCAGGUGGAGGAGAGACACACGGCACGUAAACAGCAGGUGGGAACUCGAUCCCAGUCGGAAAGAAUACGGACUUAUCACUUCAGCCAGGACAGGGUGACAGACCACCGGAUUGGCUAUGUUACCCGUGACAUAAAGGAGUUUAUGAGUGGUGGUGAGCUGCUGGAGGAGCUGAUAUCGGAGCUGCAGGACCAUGCAGAGACAGAGGCCCUUCUGGAGUUGGUGAAGAACACCACAGAGUCAGAUCAUGCUGAUGGUGGUCAUGCAUAGUCACAAGCUACUGUUUUUGUCCUGACUCUUUGGCACUGUGACUGAUAUCUCACCUGGGUCUCCCGCUCAGAGGCUGAGAACUGUAGCAAAGUGCAAGUCUGUCAAAACACCCAAUUAUCUGUAAGAGUAAGCAAGUCUGUUUUUGUCCAUAAAAUGUAUAAGAUUUGAUGGUGUAAGUUGAAUAAACAACUGAAAACAUA